AUGGAGCGGAUGCGGGACAGUGAGGAGGUUGCGCCCUCUGGUACAUCCCCCGACAACACGACGAGAUCCACACAACCGAUAUCAACAGAUGGGAUGAGCAGUGGCAGCAGCAGCAAUUACGUGUCAUCGCCAUUGCGAGCCGAACAGCGGAACAGCGCGAUUGAAGACAAGGACCUCCCAGCUGUGCCUGAAGAGCGGCAGAGUAUAAGCGCACGACGCAAGUCCGGAUUGCUGCCAGCACUACAAUUCCCUCCCCCAUCGCCAGGAAGCUUUCCGUUCAGCGCGGCCGCUGGUGCUUCGGGGGUCCCUCCAACUACGGAUGAGCUAGUUGCUGCGCAGGGAGGACAGCGGAGAAGACCACAACCGCUGGAGAAUAGCACGCCUGCCGAACGUCGGAGUGUACAAUUUAGGAGGAAUGAUGAUUUCGUCCCGACGCCAUCUACCAGGACGGCCACGAUGGAAGAGGGUGAUGGAGAUGCGAAUGAACACACACCCAAAGAAAGGCAGAAUUCAGCUUCAAUCUUCACAAAAUUGAGGGCAUUGGCUUCGCCAGCCUCAACAGGUCAUGUGCGGGGCGAAAGCAAUGCCACUGGCAUGUCUACGCCGAACGCGGCGUUAUCACCACAAUCAGAGCGAAGCGAACCACUCUAUAUGAUACCUGCCGAGGAAGUUGAAACUGGCACCGAUGCUGAUGAGGAGGAUUCUGGAGAUGGAAAUGGUCCAGACGGGGUUCGGACGAAGAAGCGUCGGAGAAGGAAACGGCCCAUAUUCGGUGGGUCAGAAUCUCUUCCAACGACACCCAGAGGAGCAUCGCGUUUCAGUUCCUUCAUGCGUGAGCAUAAACGUGAAUCCUCUACCGUCGGAUCCACCAGCCAGAACGUGGGUCCGGCCCGUCAAGGUACUCUGGAGGACAUCUCAGACAGUGAUAACGAUCGAGUUGGCGUCUCCGAGGAUGAAGGUCGAGAUCGAAUAAGGUCCGCAUGGCGGAGAGGUGUGGAGGGUGCUCGUGGUUUGAGCUAUGCCAAUCGAAAGACUGCGGAUGGAGAGGGCGAGAAUAGGCGUCCAGGCCAUCUGCGGCGCAUCACUGGUUUUGGUGUGCAUGAUGCUUCUGGUUCAAAUGUUCGCCAGCGCGGUGAUAGGCACGCUAGCGUGAGCGCCGUGAAGUGGCGACAACUUCGAGCUGGCUUGAGAAUGCUGGGACAGCGGCAGAAGAACGAGCGCACGAAAGUCGACCAUCAAAAGUCUGCCCAAUUAAUGGCCGAACUACUAGCAGGCGCACCGGCGGCACUAAUCUUUGCCAGUAUGUUUCAACGAGAUGAGCACGAACAUCGCAAGGUACCGGUGUUACUGGAGCAGUUGAAAAUCAGCAUUUCCGAGACAGAAUCUCCCACAGACAAGAAAGGUGAUCGAGAUUACAUCUUCAAGGUAGAUCUUGAAUAUGGCAAUGGUCCAGCUCGCAUGCAGUGGUCCAUCAAGCGCUCUGUAAACGACUUUGUCAACUUGCAUGUCAAGUACAAGGCACAAGCAGCGACCGAUAAAGUUCGUCAUUUGAGGAGCGAAGACAAGUCAAAGGCGAAGAUACCUCGAUUCCCAAAGAGUGUGAUUCCCUACGCUCGUGGAUUCCGUGGUCUGUUUGAAAAGGUGCAAGAUGAAGAGGAUGAACAAGAAGCACCAAGUACCGCAAAUGUUGAUGGAGAGAGCGGUGCUGGAGGCAGACCGCAAGGUCACCGGCGUAGGACGUCCUUCUUCAUGCCUCCUCGAAGAACCAGCACGAGCGAGUUGGGGACUGUCGCAGCAGAUCCAGAUGCGCUUGAUGCACGGCAAAAGACAAUCUACGCAGAGCGGUCACGAAGAAAGUUGGAGACGUACCUCCAACAGAUGAUUCGAUGGCUCAUCUUUCGCCCGGACAGUACACGCUUGUGCAAGUUUCUGGAGCUCUCUGCAAUGGCGCUGCGCCUAUCCGCAGAGAGUGGCUACCAGGGCAAACAGGGUCUACUUCAAUUGGCCUCCCGCAGACAUCGAGGCGAGAUGCGGACGAGGACGCUGCCCUCCUUCGGUCCCCAUGCUGUCAAGGAGAGGCACAAGCGUCGAUGGUUCCUCGUCCGACACAGCUACAUUGUGUGUGUAGAUGGACCGGAGUCCUUGACUCCUCAUGAUGUAUUCUUGGUCGACUCGGACUUUGCCAUGGAAAAGGUCAAGGAAAAGAUUCUUGACCAGAAAACAGCACAAGACAUGGCGAAGAUUGCAACUGCAAACGCCACACCGACCAAGAAAGCCCACCUCAUACUGCUCCAGAACGCCGAACGAAAGAUGAAGUUGUAUGCUCGGAAUGAAAAACAGUUUGCUCAAUUUCGAGAGUCCCUCCAUCACAUGAUGCAAAACACGGUCUGGUCCAAGAAACAGCGUUUCGGCAGCUUUGCGCCGGUUCGCAACAACGUUUGGGCUCGCUGGCUUGUUGAUGGUAGAGAUCACAUGUGGCAGGUGUCUCGAGCCAUUGAUAAUGCAAAGGACUUCAUCUACAUUCACGACUGGUGGCUCAGCCCGGAGCUAUACAUGCGCCGACCAGCAGCGAUCAGUCAGAAAUGGCGCCUUGAUCGUCUGCUGCAACGCAAGGCCCAAGAGGGUGUCAAGAUCUUCGUCAUCGUUUAUCGCAAUAUCGAGUCGGCAAUCCCCAUCGACUCGGAAUACACAAAGUGGAGCUUACUGGAUCUACACGAGAACAUUUGUGUUCAACGUUCGCCAAACCAAUUCCGCCAGAACCAAUUUUUCUGGGCACAUCACGAGAAGCUGGUUGUUGUGGACAACAUGAUGGCUUUUGUCGGUGGUGUCGAUCUCUGUUUUGGCAGAUGGGAUGACCCAUGCCAUUCAUUGACUGACGAUAAGCUUACUGGUUUCGAGCUUGAUCAAAACGUCCCGCGAGACUCGGAGCACUGUCAAGUCUGGCCUGGCAAGGACUAUUCCAAUCCUCGCGUUCAAGACUUUUACGCCUUGGACAAGCCGUACGAAGAAAUGUAUGAUCGGACAAAAGUACCGAGGAUGCCCUGGCAUGAUAUUGCCAUGCAGAUUGUAGGCCAGCCAGCUCGAGACGUGGGUCGACACUUUGUGCAGAGGUGGAACUACAUCCUGCGCUCACGUGUCCCGACUAGGCCUACGCCAAUCCUCAUGCCGCCACCCGAGUUUGACCAGGAGGAGCUGGAUCGACUGGGCAUGACCGGCACAUGUCAGAUACAGAUCCUCCGAUCAUGCGCGCCUUGGUCUAUCGGCACACCCAACAAGGUCGAGCAUAGCAUCAUGAACGCAUAUGUUGCCAUGAUUGAAAACUCAGAGCACUUUGUGUACAUUGAGAAUCAGUUUUAUAUUUCGAGUUGCACUGUGGAGGGCACCACCAUUCACAACAAAAUUGGCGACGCAAUUGUCGAGCGGGCCAUCAAAGCACACAACAAUAAUGAACAUUGGCAGGCCUGUUUGGUCAUCCCUUUGAUACCUGGCUUCCAGAACAGUGUCGAUGCUCAAGAUGGUACUAGCGUCAGACUUAUCAUGACCUGCCAGUAUCGCAGCAUCUGCCGUGGUGAGAGCUCAAUCUUCGGACGUUUGCGGGCACAUGGCAUCGAUCCGGAGGACUAUGUGCGCUUCUACUCUCUACGACAGUGGGGCAAAAUUGGACCUCGAAAGGUUCUCACAACGGAGCAGCUGUACAUUCACGCUAAAUGCAUGAUUGUCGAUGAUCGAUCUGCCAUUAUCGGAUCGGCCAACAUUAAUGAGCGCUCCAUGUUGGGGUCGAGAGAUUCUGAAGUCGCUGCCAUUGUCACCGACACUUGCAUGAUUCCCAGUAAAAUGGGCGGUAAUCCAUAUUAUGUCGGAGAAUUCCCGCAUUCCCUGCGGAAACGCUUGAUGAGGGAGCAUCUCGGCAUCGAUGUGGACGCGAUCUAUCGAAGGGAACAAGCCAUGGCGGAAAAGGAGGAUCAGGACUUUGAGAUGCAGAGAAUCUAUCGAGAAAACGAAUUCGAGCCGUCAGAGGAGUACUUUGAGAUGCGACCCUCAACUCCGCCGGCAAGUACAACUCAUCUUAACACUCUGGAUACAGCGCCUACCGGGAGAUCUGCGUCUGCAGCAUCCCAAGAAGGAAGUCUUGGACGAAGUCUCACUCCCCAGACGGCCAUGUCAAAUGUCUCACAUCCUGCAGAUCUGAGUAAAGAGCUCAAGAAAAGUCCAGAGCGUGAUCUGGAUGUUGAUGGCAUGGGAUUUGACAAUAUGAAGAAGAUUGUGGAAGCUGGUGGUUCCGGCGGGCGAGACUCGUAUGUGGAUAGCUUUGGCCGGGAGGUGCUUCUCAAGAGAGACGCGCCUGAUGUAGAGCGCAUCAAGGGCUUGGAAGCGCAAGAAUUUGAGCGUUUGCGAGCAGUUGCCAGGGAAAAGCAGAAUCCUAUGACGGUGCAGCCACCCUGGCCGAUGGAACGCCUGGACACCGUAGCACUGGGACUUCCUACACGCUCCCUUCUUCCUGAACUGCCUGUGCUUGAUGACACAGAUAUCGGCGGCCCUUCACUGGCUUCGGAGACUUCCAAGGGCGGUGCAAAUCAUAUUCUGAACAAUCUUCAGCGGGCAGAUAUCACCGAAAGCUGCAUGGAUGAUCCCCUUGCAGAUGAAUUCUACAGAGAGAUCUGGAACAGGGUUGCCGAGAACAAUACGAAGAUCUAUCGUCAGGUAUUCCGAUGCAUGCCAGAUUCCGAAGUCUUGGAUUGGAAAGCGUAUGAGAAGUAUAAUGACUACAACGAACGUUUCAUGCAGUCGCAGGGAUUGGGUACCAACAAGUUCAAGCCCGCCAAGGGUGCACCUGAAAAGUCUGGACCAGUCGGUGCUGGUGGAGUGAGCCCACCAAUUCCAAACGACAAGUUCUUGGACCCUAGAGCAAAGCCGAAGAACUUGGUCAGUGGUUUGGUUGAUAAGCUACGCCCGGCUAGCAGAGCUUCCAACGUCGACACUCUGCGUACUCAGGAUACCCACAACGAGAAGGAGCCGCAUCGCAGAGACUCUCCAGCUUCGCCGGUCUCUGGUAUAUCGAGCGAUCCAACUGCAGUACCAACGCCUGAAAACGCACCCGUCGAUGAGAAGGAAGCUGCCAAGCAGGAAGAUGCAGGCAAUGACGAGAAGCUGUCCCCGCCGGACGAUCUUGCCAGCAGACAGCGUACGAUUCAGUACUCCGAAACGGUCAAUCUUGCGCCAGAGACUAGCAGUACACAACAAACCACGCCCCUGCAAUACACGACCUCACGCAAGGGUCGUCGACGGGGCAAUACUAAAAGCAGUGGCAAGCAGAUGCCAGACGAUGUACUGUCAAAGGAGGAUGCCGAGGAGCUGCUCCAACAGAUUCAAGGCACUUUGGUUGUGUGGCCUUAUGAUUGGCUGGAGAAAGAGGAGCGUGGCGGAAAUUGGCUUUACAAUAUCGAUCAGCUCGCGCCACUCGAAAUCUACGAUUGA